CUCGGGUUGGGGCGUGGCUAGAAGCGAGUGAGCGCCUGGGUGACGCUCAUCCCCGCCCUGGGGACAGCCCUCAACAGCUGCCAGCUGCUGCCUCCCCAGUAGUGCCAGCGCCUGUCUCUUGGGCACCUGCCGCCCGCAGGAAGGUCUGUGAGUCCCCAGAGGGCCCUGCCCUGGGGAGUGCUAAUCCAUAGUGGUCCUACCUGCGCUAGAAGUAGGAAGAAGGUCCAAGCUUAGCCACUAACUCAUGGUGGGAUCAGUUGCUUCCUGGCUCUACCCCCAGACCACAGCCCCGUGGCGGCCGGACUGUGUCCGACUUGCUUAUGUCUGCCCUGCACUGGGUUUGGCCCCCAGUGGAGCCCAUUAGGCGGCUCUCGACGGACCGAUGCAAGCCGAAUGAUGACCAGUUGUGGCCAGCAGUCCUUGAACGUGCUCGCUGUCCUCUCGUUGCUGAUUUCUGCAGUCUUGUCCGCGCACUUCCGAGUCUGUGAGCCAUACACGGACCACAAAGGCCGCUAUCACUUCGGCUUCCACUGCCCCCGGCUCUCGGACAACAAAACCUUCAUUCUCUGCUGUCACCAUAACAACACGGUUUUCAAAUACUGCUGCAACGAGACAGAGUUUCAGGCGGUGAUGCAGGCGAACCUCACGGCGGGGUCCGAGGGCUACAUGCACAACAAUUACACCGCCUUGCUGGGAGUGUGGAUCUAUGGCUUUUUCGUGUUCAUGCUGCUGGUCCUGGAUCUUUUGUAUUACUCGGCAAUGAACUACGACAUUUGCAAGGUUUACCUGGCGCGGUGGGGCAUCCACGGACAAUGGAUGAAACAGGACCCCCGGCGGUGGGGCAAUCCUGCCCGGCCCCCGCGGCCAGGGCAGCCGGCCCCGCAGCCCCAGCCUCCCCCGGGGCUGCUGCCGCAAGCCCCGCAGGCCGCGCCCACGCUGCAGGGAAAUGCUCACCACCCACCACUGAUGACCUUCCAGAGCUCGUCUGCCUGAAAACCCUUUCGCCGUGCCUCAGGAUGGGGGAGGUGAGCCCCGAAGCGCCCGGCACGACCUCCGAGAAGAACCACGUCAGCAGAGACCCCAGGGAGAGCCGAGGUGGCUGCAGCGGUGGCACAGGAGGGAAUGCCACCUGUGCCCCAAACCCCCUUCCGCGGACUUCUAAGACUAGGAGCAAACUCAGGGGUGGGGGCCGGGGGCCGUAAGGGAGGGAGGGGGUCGUGAGCCACCCGUUCGCAAGCAAUAGUCCCGUUCUGGGCCGGUGGCUUCUGAGAGGUGACGCCAACGUGGACUCAGGAUGGGCAACACAGAGCCACUCUAAUGCGAGCCUGUGCGAUGUACCCGUGGGCCCUUUGCCUCCGCUCCCUCCAGUCGUGGCCUGUGGGCCUUUCCGUGUCAGAAUACUGAAUGUGUGUGUGUGUGUGUGUGUGUGUGUGUGCGCGCGCGUGUGUGCGAUUGGGGUGUUCUUUUGUUUGCUGAGUCUCUGUUGGGGUCCCCGAGUCUUCUUAUGGGCAGAGGUCCCCUGUGCUGGGGGUCCUUGCCGGCGCCCCGGGGCAAGCUUUUCGCCACAGCUGGCAGCUGGGACCCAGCUGCCAUCAGCGGUGUCUCAGAGGCCACUGGGGCUUCGCAAAUGCUAGUGAGGGUUUGUGCUUCUGGAAUUUAUUCCUGUCACAACGUGGUAACAGGAGACGCGUCUUGGGCCAUCCAUGGCGCAGGCUCUCGGCCGCACGUCUUUGUGCGCACGCUCUCCUGCCGCCUGGGAGGGGGGUGUGGUGAGCCCCCUGCAGAAACGGCUCUGAGGAAUGAAGGUGCCAGGGUCACAAGGCCAGGAGGAGACCGUCCCCUCUGUUUGAUCUUAGGGGUGUGGGAACCCAGAGUCCAAGCUCCCCAGCCCAGGGCACCCCCAGCGCAGUCCCUGGGAAAUCUCGCCAGUGGCUUCUCGGUGGACUGGCUGUCGCCCCGAGUUCUCCGCCCACCACUGCCCUGAAACCGGCAUCCACACAGCACAUCCUGGUUAAGCACCUGCUGUGUGUCAGGCCCCAGGCUGGGCCGUGAUGGGGACCGGCCCUGAGGCAGGGCUUUGCCUCUGCCCUGGUGGGGCCACCAUCUGAUGGGAUAGACAGACACACAGAUCUGUGCCGGACAGGGGGCUGUGGGAGCCCCCGGGGAGGGGGACGUUUCUAGAAACCAUUCUAGUUUAAGGUGAGACCUCCAGAAACCCGAUGCCUGUGACAUCCGUCCGCAGAGCUCCCUACCACCACCCCCACCCCUGCUGGCCCAGGGCACACACACGGAAGGGCAUUGCCCCGGAAAUGAUCACAUGAAUCCCCCAAGGCCACACUGCCAGUGUAGACACCCUCGUCCUGCUGGUGUCAGCGAUGACCAGACCUCCCCCAGCUCUUGAUUCGGUGGCCCCUGCUCGAUACACGGGUGUCCCCUGAUGGUACCUCCUCACCUAGCCAGACCCAGUGUUCUUGCACACGGACUAUCUGCCCUUCAGACACAGCAAGUGAGCGGGCGGGCCCCUGCUCGUGGCGCUGGUUUCACGGCUGGGGAGAAGUGGGUCACGACUGAGGAUGCUACCAUAGCGACCAGUGCGUGGCCAAGAGAAUUCAGCCCAAACCGUCCGUUGGUGACCGUCUCGCUGAGAAGCAAGAGUCAGCCACGGGCAUUAAAGCCAGGGGGAAGGCAUCCAAGUACAAAGGUCCUGAGGCAGCAACAUGCUGGAUGGUUUCGAGAAGCCGGAGAAAUCCAGGGUGGCUGGGACCCAGAGGGAGGGCAGAAGGGGCGGAGGGUGAGGAAGUCCGUAAGGCAACGGCCCGUCCUUGGAUGAAGCGCUCUCCGUGCACCCUGACCCUCUGUCCCUUCCACAGCUCUAUAAAGAAGGGACGCUGCUCGUUUUGUGGACUAAGGCUGAGACCCCGAUGGCCCCCGUGGCUUCCCACAGGCCGUGGGGGACCAGAUGCACGGUUUCCGUGAGUCUCCCCAGACUGGGGUGCCCGAGCGUAUGGCUUGGCAGGGGCAACGUGGGAAAACUUUGCUUGGGGUCUUGAGUAGGGCUGGGCGUGUCUUCCCUUCCCCGGACACCGUGGGGGGCCUUGGAGAGGUGCUCGGCAGCCGUCCCCACCCCACCCCACCCCUCCCAGGCGGGUCACCCCUCACCUGAAUGCAUCCUAGGUGCUGAGCUUCGGGAAUCAGGGGGACCUGAGGGUCGGGGGUGGGGCGGCCACAGAGACCCAGAUUCUGACAUCAGCUCUACCCCAAGAGCAGUGUGACCUCGGGCAAGUCCUGUGCUUCCUCUGCCCUCAGUUUACCCCUCGGGAAGAGGAAGGAGUCAGGCCAGGGAUGUAGGGGGCUGCGUGUCUGGCUUCCCGUGGUUGUGGGUGACCCACACACAGCUGCUCGCUCAGAGGUGCCUCCUGGGCCACGAAGGAGCUGGCUGGCUGUCCCCACCCCCCAGGCCUGGAGGCUGCUAUCCCUUAGACCAACCGGGGCUCGGACCCGCCUGAUCUGCAGCCCCGAGAAUUACGGUUUGCAAGGCUCUGCUUUGGGCCCCACCAGCAGUCUUUUCCGGGAGUGACUGAUAACCCUGUGGGGGCUCGGGAUGGAACAUUCCGUCGGAGCAGAGGCCUCCCAUAUGUAGCUCAGCAGACAUCCAAGACGCAGCAGGCCAGUGCGGGACAGCCUGCCGGGCAGAGCGCGUGGCGGGCGGGGACCCACAGCAGCGCCCCUUCCCAGCUCCUCUCCGAGCCCAUGUGUCACCUGACGGGUGUGUGGGUCGGGUGGGGGGCGUGAGAGGGAGGGGCCGGCAGUCACGGCCUCCCAGAGGGGCUGACAAGGCGCCCCGCGCGGCGGGCACGGGGACAGGUGUGCAGGUGCAUCCCUCCCAGUGUCAAGGGCUCCUCCAAGGCCGGCAGGAGCCCAGCUCAUCCCAGCGAAAACCUGUCCCCAUCCUACUGUGGCAGGCCACCUUGCCAGUCAGCAGCGCAUCCCUGAGAACCAGAUACGGGGUAGUGACGAGUUCCGGUAGAGAUUUACCGCGUUAGUGUUUUUUAUUUUUAGCGAUUCGCACACCCGGGUGUUCAAGCUGCCUCUGUUUCCUUUUUACUGUGAGCUUCUGGCUUAUCACCGCGUCAUUUGUAACGAUGCCAGUAAUAAUAGUACAAAAAGAAAAAUAAAAAGCAGAGAAAGGAGAAGACGACAUACCUUCCUGAAGAAUUUGUCCCCGACGCCGGCCGGCCGGUCCGUGUAGCCGGUGCCCCGUAUCCGUAAGGGCCUCCCCCCCCCCGCCCCCCGGGAACGCUGUGCGAUUAACGAGCAGUUCGAUCUAGGCUUUAACUGUCGGCCGUGUAUGGUGUAAUCGGUGUGGUCGGGCGCCUGUUCAGAACCAGGACUGGGCAGCACCCUCGGGCCUCUCCGGCCUCACCUUGACCUCUGACGUCGCCCGCGCCUCAAGGAGCAGCCCGCUGUCCCGCAGACCUGCCCGGAGCCGCCAGCCGCCUGGGGGACGGCUGACACGAAACGGGCCUUAACUGCACACACACGCGCGUGGAUCCCGUGUCUCCGUGGUUCCUGAUACUUUACCAGGACAGGUGGGCAGUUAGCUAGGGUGCGUGGGGUUUCUCUUCACCAUCCCAAACACCCUUGAGGCAAGCUUGGCCCUGGGGCUGGAAGGAAGGGCUUGGGAGGGGAGGUGGGGCGGGCAGGGGGAACAGGAAGAAACACGGCCAGGGGUGGGGCAAAGAGACUUCGGCCACAAGACCCUUCUCGGCUCACCAUCCAAUCAGAAGCUCUCUUUAGAUCAUUUCAGUCACAGCGAGAUUGCGGGUGACGCCGUGCCGGGCACUGUCUCCCACGCAGAUCCCCAGACCCUCGUCCGCAGCAGGUGGGGAGUCAGACCCUCCACCGCACCCCUCCCCAGCCCGUCACCCCGGCCCCGGCCCCGGCCCGGCCACCGGCUCAGCUGACGCCCCAUUCGCUGGGUCUGCUGGAGCCCAUGCCAUCAAACACAAAAACAAAAACGGAAACAAACCAAAACCACCUUUUCCAGAGUCACAGACUUUAAAAACAUGGUGUCCUGGUUCACUUUAAUUUUUUCACCGUGGCUGAUUGGGCAGGAAGAGCUGUGACUCUUCAGAAGUGAAUUUGCAGGUUCCUCGACGAUCCAGAAUGACGUGACAGCUCCGAGUGGCGUUAUCGGGGGCGUUUCUUGUCUGUGUGGAGGGGCAGCCUUGUCAUCACAGAGCGACGUCCGUGGGAGACUGCCCCCCCCCCCCCGUCCUCUGCCGUGGAAAUCUGGGGUCGGAAUGGCAGAGGUGACUUUCAGGAACUCCUGACCUUACCGCUUAGCUGGCGGGUGUCGGAUGCCGUCUGUCUGGUCCCCACAGCCAUCUGUAAGGUCAGGGUGAGGGGAGCCAACCCCCCAGUGAGUGGUGACACUGCUCACUGCCACCUGCAGCCCCCGAGCCCAUCACCGGGCAGGGGCAAUGCCCUUUCCCCCCCAGAACUCAGACGCUGCGCACCUGCUAUGUGGCCAGCACCACCUGAGGCCCCCCCCACCCCAGCCAGCCUGCGGCACAAACACGGCACCAGAUGGGAGUUAAACAAACGUAGGCAACCUUGGGGGCUGUGGCCUGGAAAACAGAUGUCGAAGUUGAACAAUUAGGCGAGACAGAAGGUUCUAGAAGAUCCACUCGUUCACGCAUGCAUUCGUUCAUCAGUUCGACAAAUAUUUAUCCCGCUCUGAACCCAGCGCGCAUCUGGGAGCAGUUCCUGCCAAACACAGGGAUGUCAGGGAACAUGGGCUGGGAUCCCCUGGGAAUUGGCCAGUCGUGCCCAACAGGAAGGCCCAGAUCCACAAGACAAAUAGGGAUCCCCUCCAUGAUGGUGACCUUGGAGGUGGCAUUGUCCCCACCCCACCCCCAAGUUUUCAGUACCAGACCCGGCCAGAUAGUUGGUGCUGGGUAGACGCUCGGUGAGUGACUGGCUUUGACCGUUAAUCACACUGUAUCGAAAACUCCUAUCUUUGCAUCAAAGCCCCAAUGAGCUUGCCCUUGACAGAGUGAAAUUCAGGGCUGCUGCAGGAGCCACCUCCGGGAGGCACCUUUCACAGUGCUGUCACAGAAGUGGUCAUGGGUUCCCAGGAACAUCGUUUCUGUGGACCACGUCGCCAACAGCGGCCCCAGUGGGCUUGUGCAAUGAGGUGCCCUGUGAGUGGCCCUAAACCACCCUCCAAAAUGUGCAGGAUCCCGUGGAAGUCAGAUGAACCCCGGGGGGGGGGGGCGGGAGGGGGGAUCGCGUGCUGGGGCGCGUGAUUGAAAGUUACAGACGGCGCUACCACCGCGGGCCCCCAGCGGAGCCAAACUGGUGGCCUGAGAGAAUGUCUUCUUGGAACCCCACCUUGGUUUCUCACCUUUUGCUUCCGCCCCCGUGUCGUGUGUUCCGACUGGUGGGACACAUCACGGGCAGAGAGGCAGGCAGGCAGCCUGAGUAACGUGCAAUAACGGAGUUGGGAUGCCGAGAGUGAGGGGCUCGGUCACCCCAACAAGGCAGGACCCCCCCCCCCAGGUGGGUAUGUCCACCCCAGGGUCAGCCAGACAAGGGCAUGCGGGUGAGGGUGGGAAAGAACGCGUCCUCUCUCCUGCGUGGCCGGACUUCCCAUGAGCAAGCACCGGGUCUCCCUGGUAGCUGAUAACCGGGAAAACCAAAAAAAAAAACAAAAAACAAAAAC